UUCACUUUAUUUCAUAUUUAUUUCUUUGAUAGUAAUAGUAGAAGUAAUGUACGAAAGUCCAUUCAAUCGGCAAGAGUGUCUGAUUAAAUUAUUGCCGUAUUUAUUACAGUCCGCAAUGCGAGAUUUAAUUUUUUCUGCAAUUAAUUAUCUUUCUUCUGUCAAAAAAGAAUGCUAUUAAAAAAUAUAUAUUUUUAGUAAUUAAUAUAUUUUCAUUUUUUUUGUCAAUUUUCUAAAAUGCAGUCCAAGUAUCGAAACUGAACUAUUAAGGAUACGCUACGUAAAAUUGUACAGAGUAUUCCGCAGAACGAAGGGAACUUUUGCUAAAACGGUUGGCAGUUCUGGCUUGUCUGUUUCUACUUGGCCUACUCUCCGUAUUCCACACGGGUUUUCGCAAUCACCACGCGGAAUCGCGCGUAAAAACUCACGACUACGUUCACGAUUAGACUCGGUAACGUGGCUAAUGAACCUAAGUGCAACGAUGCAAACGCUACAGUCGACAGUUCAUUACAGCGUCUCGCGUAACCGCGUAAUUAACUCCGAAGCGCCGUCGAAAUCGGAGUGAUUAUCGUUGAAGCGGAUGGUUGCUGCGAGUGUUCGUCCUGAAAGAUGUGGUGGUGUUAUCGGAAAAGACGUCACCCCAUGCGAUUGGAUAUAACAUUCUCGAGGAACGAUCGACAAAAAGUCGAGAAGGUCCAACGUGCUUCCUUGAUUUGAGAUCUCGAGACUUCGCGAGAACUCGCGUGUGCAUCGUGAUUGCAUGCGUAUACGUGUGCAAUAGUAUACGUAAAACUACUGCACGGUGCGAGCUGUUCACAAGGAUAUAUCUCUCCUGUCACUCAGACUGUGUAGGAUUUCGCCGAUGGAUAUUCGCGGUGACACAAUGGAUGAUGAUAUCGAUGAUAAAGACGAUACAAAGCGGAAAUCGCGUAAUCUUAGCGAAAAGAAACGCAGAGAUCAGUUCAACAUGCUCGUGAAUGAACUCGGCAGUAUGGUUAAUGCCAAUACGCGAAAAAUGGACAAAUCUACAGUACUGAAAUCGACAAUUUUAUUUCUAAAAAAUCACAACGAGAUAGCAGUUAGGUCGAGAGUCCACGAGAUUCAAGAAAAUUGGAAACCGUCUUUUCUUUCUAACGAAGAAUUUACUCAUCUUAUAUUAGAGGCAUUAGAAGGAUUUAUAAUGGUGUUCUCAUCAAACGGAUGUAUUUAUUACGUCUCCGAAAGUGUUACAUCUCUGCUUGGAUAUCUUCCGAAUGAAUUAGAGAACACGACUAUUUAUGAUAUAACAUAUCAUGAAGAUCAGCCGCAUUUAUACAAUGUACUACUGAAUCCUGGCGGUACACGAGAUAGACGCACUGUGAAAAAAGAGGAUCAAAUAUCUUUUACAUGUCAUAUCAGAAGAGGCGGACGCGAUUUUCGGGACGAUUCCAUCUUUGAACUUGUACAUUUUAUUGGAUAUUUUCGUUCCGCCGCAGAUGGCAAUGUAGACAAUUUACUGCGCAAUCAAAAAUUUAGCAAUACCAGCGAAUCAGACAAAUUAGUCUUCGUGUGUACAGGACGUCUUCAAACUCCGCAACUCAUCCGUGAAUUAUCCGUGACGGAUAAUGCAAAGUCAGAAUUCACUUCUCGUCAUAGUCUUGAAUGGAAAUUUCUAUUUUUGGAUCACAGAGCACCGCCCAUCAUCGGAUAUCUUCCUUUCGAAGUGUUGGGCACUUCUGGUUACGAUUAUUAUCACAUAGACGAUUUAGACAACGUAGUCACGUGCCACGAAUCACUGAUGCAGAAAGGCGAAGGAACGUCUUGCUACUAUAGAUUCCUCACGAAGGGUCAGCAGUGGAUUUGGCUACAGACCAGAUUCUACAUUACGUACAAUCAGUGGAACUCAAAACCUGAAUUCAUCGUGUGCACGCAUUACGUGGUCAGUUACGUCGACGUAUUGAAGGAAUUGCGCGCGGAAUCGGAGGAUUACGAUAAAACGCAAUAUCAGGAUGUUUUACUGCCCGUAAAACAGGUGACGGCAUCUUGUCAAACACCAUUAACACAAUGGUCAAAUAAAUCGCCGAAGAGUUCGAAGUCAAUGCCAGUCUCUUCCAAUCUCCAUCAUUGCGGUGAUGGUUUUAAUACGUCUUCAAUAUCACUCUCGCUACGAAGUUCUCCGCAAUCACAAAUAAUACACGGAUCACGAUCAAACGCGGCUUCCACGAGAAGUUUCGUUGCCUUAAAGCCGGUAGCGUCGGUAGACAGUAGGCAACAACAACAACAGCAACAACAACAACAAACACAACAGCAACCACAACAACAGCAGCAGCAGCAGUCUCAGUUGGAUGUCAAUCAAUCAUGCAUUAAUUUUAUGGAUCCUACACAAUACGCAACAGUUAAUCUGCAAUCAGUUGUCACAGGAGGAUUUGCAACAUCUGCUGCUCCUAUACUUUCAACUGUGCCUACUCAUGAGAUGUUACAUCAACAGAGCAUAGUAAUGACUCCCGCACAGAAUCAACUACAAGACGAAUUACAACGAAAGCACGAAGAGCUACAACAGCUAAUCGUUCAUCAACAAGAGGAAUUGAGGAGGGUUUCAGAACAAUUAUUUAUCGCUCGAUACGGGAUUCUUACGCCAUUACUUAAUGCGGGUAUAGCGUACAAUCCAUCGAACCAGUGUCAACAAACGAAUCGGUGUAACACCAACAGUGCUAACAUGCAAUUACCUGCAUCCAAUAGCGUACAAAGUGUGAAUGUACUUCCCAUACCAAUCACCGUGCCAGUGCCUAUAGUGUCUACUGAAUUAUUUUCUCAUUCUUUACAAAAUCAACAACAACAUUCACAGUUGCAACAGCAGCAGCAGCAGCAGCAGCAGCAGCAGCAACAGGGUCCACCGCAGCAGGAAGACAACAAUCCUGAUCUUAUGUCUUUCCAAAUCUGCCCUCAACAGACUGAAAUGAUGUACGGUAGCAUGGAAGCAUCCUUGAAUCAACAGCAGAGAUCUUCGUAAAAUUAAAAACUCUUUCGAUUGUAUUCAUUGACCAGUGAAAAGGCGAGAAAUGUUCACUUAAUUAAAAAUUAAGAACUUUUUAAACAUUUCUCUAAAUUGAUUUUAUUUACUUAUCGCAGUGGAAGAAUUUCCAAAUAAUACUUUUUAUCAUAAUUACAAAUAUACACAUCGUUAUCUUACAAGAGAUAUGCAUUCGGAAAAAUGUAUGUUGCAAGUGUACAAAAAUAUUCUUAAAAGUUAUAAUAGUAGAUGCGUUUGUGAUAGCAACAUAUAUCGCAUAAAAUAUAAUAGAAUUUCGACGUUUUAAAAUAACAAUGUGCAAUUUUUAUAGCAUAUUAAUGUAUUUAAGUUGAAUCUAACAUAUAAAGCAUACACUAUGCACGAAUUAAACAAGAGAUUAAAUGAUUUCGAAAUCGAUUAACCGACAUUUGUUGCCUUAUGAUAAUUCUAUAUUUAUUUAUAAUUGUAUCUAUUUUUUCCUCAUUAAGUGGUCAAAAAAUAAAGACUUUUGUAUGAAGAGCUGGUUAGCAUUGCUCGCAAAAAUUCUCGAAACUACGAGACAAUAUAUUGUAAAGAAGUUGGAAAGUAUUGUUCCACUUUAUAUGUGUGUAUAUUGCAUAAAAUCAAAAUUUAUGAGCAUUGGUUAUAUGCAUUGUAAAAUGGUUUAGAUAUAAGUAUUGCAUAAUGGAUAAGAAAUAAUAGCUUUUAUUUAUUAUAUGAUUUUUAUGUGUAAAUUCUGUUAAUUUUCUGAAACUAUAAUUGUAUCGAUAUUCUUACUAUAAUUGAUUUUCCUUGAAUUUCGCUACAUCUUUGUACAAGAAUGUAAUUUUGCAAUGAAAAGAUAUUUUCCCAAACUAAAGGAUUACUAUAGAGUUUGGUAAUAAAAUGUAGUAAUAAAAUAAAUUACUACGUUAUCAUAUGUGUAUAUUGUAUAAAAUUAGAGAUUACAAGAAUUCUCAAUGCGUGCUGAAAAAAUCUACAAACGGCACAUUACUGAGAAAGUAAAAAUAUAUUUAACUUAAAACUUUUAUGUAAAAUAUUUUAAAAUUUCUCGAGAGUAGUUUAUUUUAAUAAAAUGUAAAGUGUUCAUGAUAACAAGCAAAAGAGCUUUGAUCAAAAGUGGCCAUAUCAUUUGUAUGCAUAUUUAUUAAAAUUAUUUUUUCCAAUAAAUAUCGUCAAGUCAUCGGAAAAGGGACCAAACUCCGCAUUUUCCAGACAGGAUAUAUUCACACAUUUGUAUAUGUACGGUGGUGAGAAAAGUAAUAUAUAUUUUGUUGUAUGUACAUGCAUAAUGUUAUAAUUUUCAUACAUAUCCAAUGUAUUGUAAGUACAGAUGUUAGAUCGUUAUAACAUUUCAUCAUUGUUGUACUCGAUAAAAAUAUCGCGAAUAUCAGGCAAAAAACAUUCCGAUAAAAUUGUGCCAAGAGAAGGCGCUGUCUUAAAAUACGUCCAAGUUGAUAAUAAUAUUCUUAAAACAAUGGUGUAAGAAUAUGUAAUACAAAAUUGAUAUUGAUCGGUAUAAAUAAUUGUUGGCAGGCGGAAAAGAUAGUUGGCAAUAUUACACGAUCAAAUUUGGAUUAAAUGUACAUUAAAUAAUUAAGUUUGCAGAAUUUGAAAUACGUCUACAAAUUUUAUUUCCUGUUGUU